AGAUAGUCGAUGCAUCACGAUUGGUCAUCUAUGUUAAAAAUCAGAACAUCAACCAGCUGGAGAAUGUAGCAUGAAGAUUACAGAAAGAGGUCAAACAUGUGUACAAGGCCCUGUUGUUGCAGUUGUGAGAGCUUGACUUAUGAACCCGCCUUCCUUUGAUGGAAUGAUUGUUGCCUGAAGAGACCAUAGACCAGCACAACAACAAUUAAUAUAAUAAUUAUCUAGAAUGUAGCAUGAAGAUUACAGAAAGAGGUCAAACAUGUGUACAAGGCCCUGUUGUUGCAGUUGUGAGAGCUGUGAGUACACCCGCAUGUUAGUGUGUCAGUUAAGGUGUGAGUGUUGCCACUGUGGGAGGUUGAUCAUCCAUCAGUCAAGGAAGGUUACAAUAAACCAAUAAAAGCAACUGAGAAAACUUACCUCAUUUUUAACCUAUGACUAUUAUAACUUGGACUCACAGAAGCAUUGGUAGAACUUAAGAAGACAUUUAAUUCAAAAAGAAAAUAAUAAACUAAAACUGAUAAUUCAUAUGUUAUACAAAACCAACAAUGCCAAUCAGCUGCAGCAAAUCACAGAAAUGCACAGAUGUCGUUAUAAUUGGGAACGGCCCAUCAGGUAUCUGCCUAUCCUACAUGUUGUCUGGUUACCGGCCCUACUACACAGGACAGCCCCACCCCAAUCCCAUGCUGAAUGCACGACUGCAGGAGGUGGAUAGAAAUAUUUCACUGGUGGAGCAGGACCUAGAAUUCCUCAGCGAGGGUUUGGAGGGCCGGUCCAGCAAUCCCGUGGCAGUCCUGUUUGACGCUCUCUCGCACCCAGACGCAGAUCAAGGGGCAGAUAACCCGUCUCUGCUGCGCUGGAGAUACGAGGAAAAUCACAUGGUUGAGCACAUGGUGUUGGGAAAAUCUAAACCGGGAGGAUCUUGGCAGGCAAUGGAGGGCUCCAUGCAAACCCUGAGUCUCAGCAGUUGGAUGGAGUUGCCAAACCUGCCCUUCCAGAAGUGGCUCAAAUCCAAUCAUAGCUCUGACAGAAGAAAAGAAACCAAUGGAGAUCGGGCCACUAUAUCUGAUGUCUGUAACUACUACACACACUUUGUGAACAAGAUGAACAUUCAGAAUAAUUUCUACAACGGUUAUGUUGUCACAUCCGUGAAAAAAGUGCAUACUCUCAAGAAGACAAGUGGAAAAGAAGACAAAAAAUGUUGUUGUGCAGAAAUAAAUGGUUUUCCCUAUUUCUAUGAAGUCAAGGGUUAUUAUACUUCCCCACACAGUAACGACAUUGGGGCCACCAAAUACGAAACUUGCGAGGAAUUCAGCAUAUGUUCCAAGUAUGUUGUUCUGGCAACAGGAACAUUUGAUGUCCCAAAUACUCUGAGCGUCCCUGGAGAGACUUUAGACUUUGUUAGUCAUUCGCUUCAUGAAUUUGAAUCUGUGAUAAAUCAAAGAGAUAAUUUAGCCAGCAAUGAACCUGUUAUGGUUGUUGGGGCUGGUUUGAGUGCUGCUGAUGCUAUUCUCAUAUCUAUACAGAACCAGGUGCCUAUUUAUCAUGCGUUUCGACGAGGCGCAAACGAUCCAAGCCUCAUUUUACGAAAACUACCAAAAAACAUGUAUCCCGAAUAUCAUAAAGUCCACAUGUUGAUGAAAGGAAGUGAAAAAAGUCCAUUCUAUAAAUCCUUCGAGAAACAAGGUGUUGUGCAUAUAGAACCUGACAAGACUGUUAUAUUAAAAGAGCACAAGAAAAGAACAGACGAAACAAUGUCGGUUAAAGUGUCUCAUGUCGCUGUGUUUAUUGGUUCGAGACCAGAUCUGAGUUUUCUACCUCAUGAGGGACGGGACUUGGGGGUUGUGAAAAAGUAUCCAAUAGAAAGCAAGCACAAUCCUAUCGACAUUGACCCCUAUUCCUACCAGUCCAUGAAGGAGCUGGGGCUGUUUGCAAUGGGACCCCUUGUAGGUGACAACUUUGUAAGGUUCGGACAGGGUGGUGCCUUGGGUAUCACCAAUUAUUUAACGUGUAAGAGUGAAUCUUAGCCCAGCUAUACUGCAUAGUAUUUUGGAUUGACAGAAGCAUGUUAUAACUACUAUGUAGUUGGAUAAUUUUGUGCUCCAAUUUUUGUGCACUAAAACCUUGUUAUUACACGUAUAGUGUAACAAUAUCACGGACCUAAACCGCAAAAAUCAGAACAUACUGCCUUUAUUAGAUACAGUUUCUCUUCCAAUCCCAUCUCAAGUUACUUUUGUCAAGUUAAUUUUGUCUGCAUAUUUGAAACAAUGUGCUUGUAUAUUUUUAAAUUACAUAAUGUAAUAGACACACCAGAACUUAACGUGCAAGAGCAUGUACCAUUAUUUUACUGCAUAUUGUUAUAUUAAUACUAACCAACUUGUUAUAGGUAUCAGUGAUACAGUUAAUUUGUAUCUCCCAUGUCAUGUAUAAAUGAUCUCUUAUGAGCAAUGCUUAUGUUAUUUCAUGAUAAAAAAUAAGUUGAAUGUAUUGCGUUAUAGUUACCAUUGUGGUCAGCAAUAUUCUAUAGUUGUAUACACGCUUAACUCAUACUCUUAGCCAGAAGUGUUAACAAAAGAAAGUUAACCCUUUACCACUUAGAUUCGUCUUUGACGCAUUUGUAGUCCCUUAGAAAGUUAAAUUCAAUUAAAGACCUGUCUUAGUAGAUUCAUGUUUUAAAGGCUUCAUUUCCAACCCUUAGAUACUGAUGAACAGCAAACAGCUUAGAACCUGAACAGACUGUGAGUUACUUGCAGGCUGUUUUGGUUUUAUGCUGUUUAUAGCCAUUUUUACUUUGCUUUUUAGUGGGAAAGGGUUAAAAUCAACAUGUGUUCUGUUGGUUUAGCCUUUUAUAAGAACAUCAGUUACAACCAUCAUUAUCAGUUUGAUAAACCAAUGUAUACUUAUAAUAUCUGUUAAAUCCUGUGCCUUACUGUGAGAGAAAUCCAAUACAAAAUAUUUGCUCAUGUAAAUACUAUUAUUGAACCGUGCUGUGUGAAAAGGAGUUUUAAUAGGCUGCACAUGCUUAUCAGGGACAGCACUUUCUGACUUUACUGGUUUUUUGCUAAGAAUAGACUUUGCAAACAAAAAAUACCAUAACAGCAGAAAGUGUUGUACCUUAUUAGCCUGUGCAGAUUGCACAGGCUAAUCUGGGAUGACACUUUAUGCACAUGCAUUAAACCCCCUUUUUACAGAGCUCACCUCAUAUUAAAUAAUUUUAUCCAAACAGCAAUGCAAAUUUGCUGUUGUUUAUGUUAUCAUUUUAACAGAGUGAUGAUGUGCAUAUGACAUACAUGAUCCGUAGAUGGGUCUGCAAUCCGUAGAUGGGUCUGCAAUCCGUAGAUGGGUCUGCAAUCCGUAGAUGGGUCUGCAAUCCGUAGAUGGGUCUGCAAUCCGUAGAUGGGUCUGCAAUCCGUAGAUGGGUCUGCAAUCUGUAGAUACAGCUGUAGGUCUGCAAUCCGUAGAUGGGUCUGCAAUCCGUAGAUGGGUCUGCAAUCCGUUGAUGGGUCUGCAAUCCGUAGAUGGGUCUGCAAUCCGCGUAGAUGGGUCUGCAAUCCGUAGAUGGGUCUGCAAUCUGUAGAUGGGUCUGCAAUCCGUAGAUGGGUCUGCACCUAUACAGCUUGAACUGAUUUGUUUAAGCUUUUAAUGACAACAAUCACAUAUUCAGCAAAUAUGCACAUAUUUGAUAUACAUUUAUUUUUACCAGAAUAAUAAAGCCAGUUAAAAAUUCAUGAGGCAUAUUGUCUGUUAAAACUAUCUAGAUGAUGUAUAGUUUUUCCGCCUAUUCACAUGUACAGGAGGUCUCAUAAUGGGGUUAUUUUCUAUUCUAAUCAGAGUCAUAUCAUUUUGCAGCUUAGGGUAUUUUCAAUAAUGGUCGCACUUACAUAACAAGCCUGAAUACUUAUGUUAUUCAACGUUGGUUUUAGUAUCAUUUGAAAUCAUGUUUUAAUUGAAAUAUUUUAUGCAUCAACGCUCACGUGUUAUUUAUUUUUAUGUUUAUUUGUAUGCUCGAGUAUAAAAUAUGUCUUUAAUGAUGGUUAAUUAUAAUUAACAAUGAUUAUUUAAGUAUUUUAAUAUCAAUAAAGACUUGUUGUUCUUAAAACUG